ACUGAUUCUUCUUUCCUUCAACCAAUCAGUAACAACGAGCGAUAAUACGUAUUCCAAUAGCUUAGAAUUAAAAACUAACUAUCCUUGUGUUUACAAUGCUAGUCUUAGUUUUAGGAGACUUACACAUUCCGCACAGAAGCGGCGGGUUACCCGCUAAAUUUAAGAGAUUACUUGUUCCUGGAAAAAUUCAGCAUAUUUUAUGUACUGGCAAUUUAUGUACUAGAGAAACGUACGAUUAUCUUAAAAGUUUGGCUAAUGAUGUUCAUGUUGUAAAAGGAGAUUUCGACGAGGUAUCAACUUAUCCAGAGCAGAAAGUUGUUACAGUUGGCCAAUUUAGAAUAGGAUUAUGUCACGGACAUCAGAUUAUACCUUGGGGAGAUAUGGAAUCAUUAGCUAUCGUUCAAAGACAGUUAGAUGUUGAUAUUUUAAUUACUGGUCAUACGCACAAAUUCGAAGCUUUUGAGCAUGAAAACAAAUUUUUCAUUAACCCUGGUUCGGCUACUGGAGCUUACAAUACUCUGGAUAGAGACGUAAUACCUUCAUUUGUCCUCCUCGAUAUUCAAAAGACUACCAUUGUUGCUUAUGUAUACAAAAUUAGAGACGACGACGUUGUGGUCGAAAAAGUAGAAUAUAAGAAACCAUAA